CAUUUGAGAUAUAGGAUGGAUGCAUAGAAGGGAAGGAGACGACUCCUCUAAAACUUGUGUUUGUGUGUAGGUGAGAAGUUGGGAUUCCCUGAUCAAUUAAACAUGGCUGAGGAGAGGGAUCCAGUAGAGUUGGGCAUGGCACUCGGCGCAGAUUCGAACAUGAAAGAAGACAGCGUAACAGCUAAGAAGAGGGCAAAACGGUGGGCAAUCACCGCAGAAGCGAGCAUGGAAAGAGAGAAGGGGAUGCUUGAUCAAGAUGAAGAUGACUUGUGUGUAGGUGAGAGGUUGGGAUUCUCCGAUCAAUCAGACAGGGCUAAGGAGAGGGAUCUAGUAGAGUUGGGCAUGGCACUCGGCGCAGAUCCAAACAUGAAAGAAGAUAAGGAAACAAGUAAGAAGUGGAGGGCAGAUUCGACACUGAUCAGCUCAGAUUCGACGAUGGAAGAAAACCCUGCACCGCCUGAGGUGUGGGUGCCAGAAACCUCGCCAAUCUUCGCAGAUACUAAGAUGGCAAUAGACAUCAGCUCAUAUUUCACAAUGAAAGAAUGCCGUGCAUCGCCGUGGGCGCGAGAAUCCAUCAUGUUAGGCAUGCCAAUCACCGCAGAAGCGAGCAUGGAAAGAGAGAAGGGGAUGCUUGAUGAAGAUGAAGAUGAAGAUGAAGAUGAAGAUGAUUUGUGUGUAGGCAUGCCAAUCUCCGCAGAUGCGAACAUGGAAAUAGACAGGGAAACGCAUCUUGUAAGAAAUAUAAGUGCUCCUUCCACACACGGACCCCACGCCCCCGCUGAUGAAGAUGAAGAUGCGGAGCAUAAGAAAUUAAUGGACCGCCGCAUGCACGCGCUAGCGACCCAAGGAAAUGUUGAUGGCUUUAUUAAAAUUUUAGGCUCGAUAUCCUCCGAACAGAACCCACUUCUCUGCCAAGUUAGUCCCCGGAAAAACACAUGCCUCCACAUAGCAGCAAGCUUUGGACACCAUGAUCUUGCCAAGUACAUCGUGAAAGAGUGUCCAGAUCUUAUAAAAAAUAAAAACUCCAAAGACGACACGGCACUUCAUAUUGCUGCUAGAAAAAGGAAUUUAUCUUUCGUUAAGAUUGUCAUGGAUUCAUGCCCUUCUGGAAGUGGCGCAUCCCAAGAUGUAGAGAAGGCUGAGCCUUCAUUGCUGGGAAUUGGUAACAAAGAAGGAAAUACAGUGUUGCAUGAGGCACUGAUAAACCGUUGCAAACAAGAAGAGGUGGUGGAGAUCCUUAUUAAGGCAGAUCCCCAAGUGGCUUAUUAUCCGAAUAAGGAGGGUAAGUCACCAUUGUAUCUAGCUGCAGAAUCACACUACUUCCAUGUCGUAGAGGCUAUAGGAAACUCUGAAGUUGAGGAGCGCAUGAAGAACAGAGACCGCAAAGCAGUCCAUGGUGCCAUUAUGGGAAAGAAUAAGGAUAUGUUGGAAAAAAUACUGACCAUGAAGCUCGGCCACCAAAAAGACAACCAUGGAAGGACUCCACUUCAUUGUGCAGCAUCCAUUGGAUAUCUCGAAGGAGUUCAAAUGCUGUUAGACCAAUCUAACUUGGAUCCAUAUCAAACGGACUCUGAUGGCUUCUGUCCCAUCCAUGUUGCAUCAAUGAGAGGCAAUGUGGACAUUGUCGACAAGUUGCUCCAGGUCUCCUCUGACUCAAUAGAGUUACUAAGCAAACGCGGUGAGAACAUUCUUCAUGUGGCAGCCAAGUAUGGUAAAGACAAUGUAGUCAAUUUUGUGCUCAAAGAAGAAAGGCUUGAGAACUUUAUAAAUGAGAAGGACAAUGUUGGAAACACGCCACUGCAUUUGGCAACCAAGCAUAGACAUCCCAAGGUCGUAAGCUCUUUAACAUGGGAUAAAAGAGUUGAUGUGAAUCUUGUGAAUGAUUUAGGCCAGACUGCUUUGGACAUUGUAUUAUCAGUGGAGCCUCCAACUACAUUUGACCAGGCACUAAUUUGGACAACACUCAAAUCUGCUGGUGCACGACCAGCGGGAAAUUCAAAGUUCCCACCCAGUAGAUGUUGUAAACAGUAUUCUGAAUCACCUAAUACGGACAAGUACAAGGACAGGGUAAACACUCUUUUGUUGGUUUCGACCCUUGUUGCCACAGUGACAUUUGCUGCUGGUUUUACCAUGCCAGGUGGCUACAACAGCUCCGACCCAAAUGUCGGCAUGGCUGCCUUGCUGAUGAGAAAUAUGUUCCAUAUGUUCGUCAUCUGCAAUACCACUGCUAUGUAUACCUCCAUCCUCGCGGCAAUCAUCCUCAUCUGGGCACAGUUAGGUGAUCUCAAUUUGAUGGAUACUGCCCUCAGAUUUGCAUUGCCAUUCUUGGGGUUGGCCCUUACUGCGAUGUCCUUAGGCUUCAUGGCAGGUGUUUACCUGGUGGUCAGUAAUCUUCAUUGGCUUGCAAUUGUUGUCGUCAUUAUUGGAAUCAUCUGCCUUGUCGGUCUCCUAGUAUCCUUUUUUUUACUUUUCCUCCCAAGUAAGUCUACUAAUAGUAUCCUUAGGCACAUCUCCUAUUAUCCGUUUCUUAUAUUGGUAUGGGCAUCUAAAAGCCCCGAAAUGAAACGGGAAGAUUAGCUCGUCCUGUUGAUGAUGUCUGCUAGCUCCAUCUUCCCCUGUGUUUGUUGCUUCUUUCAGCAUUAUCUCGAUGACUUGGUAGACAAAGUAUGUUAUGUAUAAAUGCUUAGUGUGAUAUAUUGAUGGUGUUGUACAUGACCAUUUCUUAUAUAAAUCUAUGGUUUUUGGAUCUAUAA